AAUAAUUGUUUACAACCAACCAUAUACAGUAUGUUUAGAGAUAGAACAAAUCUCUUUCUUUCAUAUCGUCGAACAAUUCCGAGAAGUGAUCCAGUUUCAAGACGAAAUCAAGAGACAAGAUUUGAUAUCUUGGACGAAGAAGAAGAAGGAUUAAUAGGGAGAAGGAAAAUUCAACCAACAAAUGGUAGAUCUGAAAAUCGUAGUAAUGAUAUAGAAUUAAAACCAGUACUACCUUCUAUUUAUGAGAUUGCUAGUGAUUUAGAUAAUAAAUUAAAGAUUAUUAAAAAUCAAGUUAAUGAAUUAAAUUCAAAUUAUAAACGACUAAUCAUUGUAAAUAAGAGUGAUAAAGCCAAUAUUGAAAAUAAAAUUGAUAAUUUAAAUUAUGAAAUAUUAAAGAAUUUUGAAAGUUGUUAUAUAAUGAUUAAAAAAUUCGAAUAUUUAAAUGUAAAUUAUAAAAAAUUAGGUCUUAAUUAUAAUGAUCAAGAUUUAGAAAUUUUAAAUAAUUUUAAAAAGAAUUAUGCUAUAAAAGUUCAAGAUAGUUCAUUAAUUUUUAGAAAUCUUCAAAAUAAUUAUAUUAAAUUUCUUCGAGAUGAUGAAGAUGAAUAUGAUGCAUUAUUAAAGAAUGAUUCUCCAUCUUUAUCAACUACAACAACUUCAACAACAAUUUUACAAGAAGAACAAGAACUUCAAGAUCAAGAAAUUGAAAAUUAUUCUCGUCAAAUAUUACAACAACAGCAACAACAUCCAAAUUCAAAUUCUCAAUAUUUACAACAAAGAGAACGAGAAAUUUCUAAAUUAGCAAUGGGAAUUAUUGAAAUUUCAACUAUUUUUAAAGAAAUGGAUACAAUGAUUGUCGAGCAAGGUACAAUUCUUGAUAGAAUUGAUUAUAAUUUACAAAAUACUGUUAUGGAUUUAAAAGAAAGUGAUAGUCAAUUAGUUAAAGCCAAACAUUAUCAAAAGAGAACUACAAAAUGUAAGAUAAUUUUCUUAUUAAGUUUGAUUGUAUUUGUAUUGGUUUUAGUUGUAUUACUUAGACCUCAUGGAACAACUACAAUUAUUGAAAAACCUGCUCCACCACCAUCAACACCUCCACCUCCACCUUCAUCAGAUGAUUCAAGACCAGCAGUCAACAAACCACCCGCAGAUGAUUCUCAAGGAAUGCGAAUGUUGUUGAUCUAAUAAUAAUGAAAUUAAUGAAAGUAUAGUUUCUAAUGUAGUUCAAUGUAAUUAAAUUUUAAUAGACAUGAAAGAAAAUUGAAAAUUGAAUGUGUAUAUAUUAGAACUGAAAUAUUGAACCAAUCUCAUGAUAUGGGAA